GCUCAUACAAAACUCACUAGUAGUAUCAAAAUUACCCUAUAAUAACUUUCCAACCUCAACCAAAAUACCAAAAAAGGAGAUGACGCAUCACAAUAGAAUCUUGUUAGUGGCACUUCUACUCUUGUCCGCAUUCGCCAUGUCCGUCAAUGCCAACCCUUGGGAUCCCAGAAAGCAUAUAACAAAAGUGGUGGUGGAGAACGACAUCGAGGGACGGGAACUCGCGGUCCAUUGCAAGUCCAGGGACGACGAUCUGCAUCUCCGCAGGCUGCAACCACACCGGUCCUUCGACUGGACGUUCAGGCCGACCUUCUUCGAGACGACCCUGUUCUACUGCUCCUUCGACUGGGGAGAGGGGGUUCAUUGGUUCGACAUCUACAUUCAGGACAGAGAUUACCAUAUCUGCAAGGAGUGUCGGUGGCUCGUGAGGAGGGACGCGGUGUGCCUCACCAGUGACUCGAAUCAGGCUUGUUACUACUAUAAGAGGAGGUAUGGUCCGUGAUUCGAUGUUGGUUGGUUUUCUGGAAUUUUUAUUUAGUGGAGCAUCCGAUGUUAUUUCCUCUAUUAGUACAAAAUAAAGUUUUACCAAGCAGGGGCGGAGCUAGGAUCCAGUGGUCGGGGGGCCGGACUUUAUUGUAUAAUAUCCGUAAAAAAAAAUUA